CGGGAGCUUCCACAUGCGUCCCGAGCCCGCCAGAAGCUGCUAGGCUGAGGCUGCUGUCCCGGCGGGAGCUGUGGCGCGGAGCGGCCCCUCUGCUGCGUCUGCCGUGGUUUUGUCUCACGACUCACACUCAGUGCUCCAUUCCCCAAGAGCUCGCGCUCCCCGCGCGGCGGUCGAGAGGCGGCUGCCCGCGGUCCCGCGCGGGCGCGGGGCGAUGGCGGCGCGGGGGUCAGGGCCCCGCGCGCUCCGCCUGCUGCUCUUGGUCCAGCUGGUCGCGGGGCGCUGCGGUCUAGCGGGCGCGGCGGGCGGCGCGCAGAGAGGAUUAUCUGAACCUUCUUCUAUUGCAAAACAUGAAGAUAGUUUGCUUAAGGAUUUAUUUCAAGACUACGAAAGAUGGAUUCGUCCUGUGGAACACCUGAAUGACAAAAUAAAAAUAAAAUUUGGACUUGCAAUAUCUCAAUUGGUGGAUGUGGAUGAGAAAAAUCAGUUAAUGACAACAAACGUCUGGUUGAAACAGGAAUGGAUAGAUGUAAAAUUAAGAUGGAACCCUGAUGACUAUGGUGGAAUAAAAGUUAUACGUGUUCCUUCAGACUCUGUCUGGACACCAGACAUCGUUUUGUUUGAUAAUGCAGAUGGACGUUUUGAAGGGACCAGUACGAAAACAGUCAUCAGGUACAAUGGCACUGUCACCUGGACUCCACCAGCAAACUACAAAAGUUCCUGUACCAUAGAUGUCACGUUUUUCCCAUUUGACCUUCAGAACUGUUCCAUGAAAUUUGGUUCUUGGACUUACGAUGGAUCACAGGUUGAUAUAAUUCUAGAGGACCAAGAUGUAGACAAGAGAGAUUUUUUUGAUAAUGGAGAAUGGGAAAUUGUGAGUGCAACAGGGAGCAAAGGAAACAGAACCGACAGCUGUUGCUGGUAUCCGUAUGUCACUUACUCAUUUGUAAUCAAGCGCCUGCCUCUCUUUUAUACCUUGUUCCUUAUAAUACCCUGUAUUGGGCUCUCAUUUUUAACUGUACUUGUCUUCUAUCUUCCUUCAAAUGAAGGUGAAAAGAUUUGUCUCUGCACUUCAGUACUUGUGUCUUUGACUGUCUUCCUUCUGGUUAUUGAAGAGAUCAUACCAUCAUCUUCAAAAGUCAUACCUCUGAUUGGAGAGUAUCUGGUAUUUACCAUGAUUUUUGUGACACUGUCAAUUAUGGUAACCGUCUUCGCUAUCAACAUUCAUCAUCGUUCUUCCUCAACACAUAAUGCCAUGGCGCCUUGGGUCCGCAAGAUAUUUCUUCACACGCUUCCCAAACUGCUUUGCAUGAGAAGUCAUGUAGAUAGGUACUUCACUCAGAAAGAGGAAACUGAGAGUGGUAGUGGACCAAAAUCUUCUAGAAACACAUUGGAAGCUGCGCUCGAUUCUAUUCGCUACAUUACAAGACACAUCAUGAAGGAAAAUGAUGUCCGUGAGGUUGUUGAAGAUUGGAAAUUCAUAGCCCAGGUUCUUGAUCGGAUGUUUCUGUGGACUUUUCUUUUCGUUUCAAUUGUUGGAUCUCUUGGGCUUUUUGUUCCUGUUAUUUAUAAAUGGGCAAAUAUAUUAACACCAGUUCAUAUUGGAAAUGCAAAUAAGUGAAGCCUCCCAAGGGACUGAAGUAUACAUUUAGUUAACACACAUAUAUCUGAUGGCACCUAUAAAAUUACGAAAAUGUAAGUUAUGUGUUAAAUUUAGUGCAAGCUUUAACAGACUAAGUUGCUAACCUCAAUUUAUGUUAACAGAUGAUCCAUUUGAACAGUUGGCUGUAUGACUGAAGUAAUAACUGAUGAGAUACAUUUGAUCUUCUAAAAAUAGCAGCAAAAUAUUAUCUGAACUGGACUAGUGAAAAAUCUAGUAUUUGUAUCCUGGCAAAUAAUACUAAUUUAUAAUCCACGGUAAAGUUCAUCCUUUGACUGUGCUGGAGAAUUCCAGUUGUAUUUGAAGACUGAUUUUAAAACUUUUCUGCAUUUGGUAAAGGUAUGUAAACUUUCCUGUACUCACUGAGUAACAGCUAAUCUUUAAUAUAAUAUUAUACUGCUAUAUUUAAAAAGCUGACUACUUGAUAUAAUUACUUAAUGUGAUGCUUGAUAUAAUAAUUACUUAAUGUGGCCGGGCACGAUGGCUCACACCUGUAAUCCCAGCACUUUGGGAGGUCGAGGUGGGUGUAUCACCUGAGGUUGGGAGUUCGAGACCAGCCUGACCAACGUGGAGAAACCCCGUCUCUACUAAAAAUACGAAAUUAGCCAGGGUGGUGGCGCACACCUGUAAUCCCAGCUACCUGGGAGGCUGAGGCAGGAGAAUCGCUUGAACCCACGUGGCGGAGGUUGCGGUGAGCUGAGAUCAUGCCAUUGCACUCCAGCCUGGGCAACAAGAGCAAAACUCAGUCUCAAAUAAUAAUAACAACAACUUAACGUGCUGCUGCUUUUCCAUAACCAACAUUUUAAAAAUAAAUGAAAAACAGGAA